AUGCCGAAAAGGAAAGCAAAAGCUGAGACGGCCGUUUUUUUCUGUCGUCAUGACCCAGCCGAUUGUUACGUCCCAUCAGAACUUCCUCAACGGCAAUUUCGAGGAAAUUGUGAGAAGACCAAGGAAGUGGCCACUUAAUUCGAUGAGGUAGCUUUCGAAUGAUGAUUAGAAAGAUUUUUUUUGUUAAUUUAUGGGAAAAAACUGCUAUUUUCACUUUCAAAGAGAAUGGACUUGGCCAGAAAAGAUGCCUGGAAAAAGUUGAACAAUAUAUCGAGGGAAAAAUUUCUUCCUUUAAAUGUGCUUUAACGUUUCAGAAAUCAUACGCAUACCCGAAACGGUUUUAAAAAAACACUUUUCCUGAUUCUAAAGCUGAGAAAUUUUACUUUCACUCACCUCAAUCCAUCUUCAGUAGUUUCUCACCUCCCUGGGUUGCCAUUAUCCCUCAGAUUCGCUCUAAAACGGGCCAAUUAUGCAACUUCAUUGGCACAUGAGACGGUUUCUUUUCAAGGCGGAGUUUGGUCUGAGAAGCGGAAGCCUUUUCGAGGCAGCUUCCGCGGCAAAAGAUACAUCGGAGGGUUGAUAACCGCGUUUUCGUUACGCAAAACCCUUCGCCUCACUUUCACCCAACGUCGAGUGUUGUCGUCGGUGAUGCCGAGCCUCCAGGUCUUGCUUCUCGGUUUUCUCGUCGCCGCGACUCAUGCCUGCUUCUGCCCGUUUGUUAUUUUUCUCUUUAUUUCGCUAGAAUCAAAAAAAGUACCUGACCAUGAUUCUGGCCCGGGGAUGCCACGCCACUCCACAAGUUUUAAUGAACUUCGUUUUUAUUUCGAAUUUUAAGUUCUUCCUUUUAUGGAAUCAGAUCGAAUUCUUCGAAGAAAAAAUAAUUAUUCAUUUGUGAACAAAUUUAUCUAUUAUAUUUUUUUCCAGACUUUCUUGUUCUUUUCAAAACUUUUUAGAAUUUCUAAUUAUAAAUGCUUCAGAAAUUUUUAAUUUAAAAAAAUCAAAAUUUGCUUUUUUUUUUCUGCGCGUCAUUUCGCACGCAGUGGUGUAUACAUUGUGUCAUUCUGCUACGAAAUGAGUUUUUAAUCAUUACAAUAGAAUUUUCAUCAAAGUUUCUAAUUUUUCUUGUUUUAUCUGAUUAUCUGAGACUGUGGUUACUUCUUAUGUUUGUGUCACUAAUGAAGUAGCUUUCUGAAAAAAAGCAUCCACGAUUAAAAAAAUUGAAAAAAAUUUUUUUAUAUUGACUUCUGGAUUUUUUCUUUUGCAAAGUAGCUUUGAAAAGUAGCUUUUGAAAAGAAUGAAUUUCUCGAAUGAUAACUAAAGUUUUUCCUUUUUUGUAAACAAAAAAAUCAUAUUGUUCGAAGUUCUUUGUUGGGAUUUGAAUGAUACUGCUUUCUCGCCGAAUGCUUAAAAAAAAAUACUUGGGCAGUGGUGCAGUUUCUUUGAACUAACCGUUUUUCUGGUGUAGUUUUUUGCAUGUGUUUUCUUUUCAAUUAUAUACAUACUACAUUUCUGUCUAUCAGGUCUUGCGGCUGCGGUAGCGGUGGAUUCGGAGGUUACGGAGGCGCCAGUUUCCAGCCUCAAACUGUUAUUUGGCGCGAUUUGACGCCUUUCCGCCAGCCCAACUACUACGGCCAACAGCAGCCGAUGUACCCACCUCAACAGUAUGCAGUGCCGUUCCCGCAGCAACAACCAUUCCAACCGCAACAGCCUUAUCAGCAGCAGUUCCCACAAGGUUUUUUCUAAAUGUUUUGAAAAAAGGAAAGAGCAGUUAAGGAAAGAACCUUCAGACAAAGAACCGAAGUUCAAAUUUGAUUUUUAUGAAUGUCAAGAGAGACUUAAUUUGCUGUCAGAGAGAACAAUAUAUAGUCUGUUCAGAUUUUGAAUGUCAACCAGCUAACUCCGCCCUUGCUGAGACGGAACCUUUUUGCGUUGAUGUUUUAUCGCGCGGGACUAAUUUUGAUUUAAAAGAUAGAAAAAUAAGUCGAAAAUGCAGCCUUAUCAAAGGGCCAUCGUCAUAUGUAGAUAAAAAAUUUACGAGAAAGAUAUUGUAGCUUUGGGGUUAGCUGCUUGACAUUCAAAAAUCUGAACAGACUAUAUUAUUAUUCCAACUCAAAUUGUUCGCUUUAAACUCGAAAUUUUUUGUUUGAUUCAAAAAAAAUUCCUAUUUUUUAGCAAAACUACAAAAUGCAACAGUUCAUUUAAAGACUGCAGUCAGUCAACAAAAAGGAGCUGAUAUUAGAUAUAAAAAGGCAGAACUUCGAAAAAAAGUAUUUUUUGAUGAAUUCGUUUUUUUACUCUCCAGAGCUUCUACUGAGACGCUUUUUUUGAAAAUGAAACAGCUUUCAAAAAAAUAUUUUUUGCCAAUGAAAUUUUGUCCUCAUUCUUUUUUUCUCUAUUCUUUUUAAAAAUAUAGUUCAAAAAUUUUUAUUUUUGGGAUUAAAGGAAAAAAACCGGGUUUAUUUUCACAAUUGAAGGUCGUAGGCAAUAAAGUUCAUGGUUAUAUAAGCGAUGAAUCGAUUGAACUCUACUUUAAACUCUUCUUUUUUUUCUGAAAAAAAAACGUUUUGAACAAAAAAGUGAAUCGGAAGGUUUCAGAACUCUAAAGCAGCCUACAAGUUUUGAAGAUUUGACACAGUUUUCAUAUUUUUUGGGCUUUACUUAUUAAUUUUCUUUUUUUUUCUCAAAAAAAAAAAUUGAGUUGCUCCACGACCAUACGUCCAGCCUCAACCUCAGCCAUCCUACAUCAGCCAAAGUGUUUCUCGGCCCCAACAGCCUCAACAGCCGCAAUGGCAGCCCCCACAGCAGGCAAUUCAGCCCCGAGGCCGAACUUACGCCACAGAAGCUCCUUUGUACGGUGAGUUGAAGACAUAAGGUCCCAUAAUCCCGGAAAGUUUCCAGAACAGCCAGCUGCGCCAGUCUUUGAGUCGAACAGUGCGUUUUCCACGUUUCACAGAGAAAACACGAUAAAAACACGAAAAAUUCAUUUUUGCGAGUAGUUUGCUGAACAAGGCCUUGGGUCUUUUACAGCUACGAGAGAUUUUGAAAAAAUUAAAUUUCGAAAUUUUUGCUUUCGAUUUUGUACAAAGUCAGAGCGAGAAACCUUUGAAAAAAAACGAAAUUGGUCAUUAAAGGCUUCAGUCUCUAACAGACCUUCCCCAAAAUAAUAGUUUUGAAGCGAAAAAGGUGAAAGCGGUUUUUGUGCAGUAGUUUCGUCAUUUCUUCCUUUUGUCUCGAUCUUCAUUUUGCAGAAGCAACGCCAGAAAAGGAAAAAGUGACCUAUGGAGAAGAAAGCGCCCCUGAAGCUACAGUGACCACGACCACGACGGAACAGCCUGUGGAGCUUGAUUUCGAUGAGACUGCGCCUCAAGAAGACAAAAAAGGUUGGGAUGAAAUUGGGAAGUUAGUCCCCUACUUGUGAUAAGUUUUUGUAUCAAAAUCAAAACUUACAAUCUAUUUUUUUUCAAUUUCCACAGAUGACAAAACCGAGUAUUACUACGUGUACUACGACAGCAACGGGAAGAAAAUCGGCAAAGUCCAAACGACAACUCUCGGACCCAAUGGAAAGCCUCCAAACACUUUGGCGCCCCACAAUGUCAGUUCUGACGGUAUCAGAGAACUAUCCCGGAACUUAAGAGCAAAAAUCACGCACGAAACUGAAAAAAAAGCGGCAAGAAACAUUUUUAAUCAAGUUAGAGUGGGCAAGGGUUUAAGGUCUAAAUAGGAAAGGAUAAUAUCUUGAAGAACUUUUAGAACUCACAACGUCUUCAGAGACCUUAGAAGGCUAUUGUUAAACACUUCUUAUGGAAUGAAGUGAAAUUAAUUAAGAAGUUUUUCAAAAAAUGCUUUGCAAAGUUGGUAACAUGAAAAAAAGACCAGCGAAAAUUCGAACGGCGACUUUUCCGAUUUUUUUUUCUCGAUAAACACGUCGUUUUGAAUCAUCUUGUACAAAGUAGGUAGUUGAUUCACGAUUAAACGCAAAGAAAUAGGAAAAAAAAAAUGUUAAUAGGUAUUUUAUAUACCGAAAAAUAUAAGGGAAAAAAGUCGGAAAGGCACUCGUCGGAAACUUCUCCGUCGUAAAUUUCCUUAAAAGUUGCCUUUUGGAAAUUCGCUGCUUUUUUUUAUACCACCGCAAAAUUGAAGAUUUUGAACUAACCUUGAAGUCACUCUCAACUUUUUCAAACUCCACAUGCACAGGGUGACGUGACGACACGAAAGUACAUCUCAAGGUCCACCACAACCACCACAACCACUUCUGCACCUGAAUCUGAACCCGAAGCUGUGACUUACCUGGAGAGCGUCACGGUGAUUCUUUUACACACCACCUCGAACCGUUCCGAUUCUCCCUCUCAAGUGUUUUUUCCUCGGAGAGAUCCUUCAGAAGAUGUGUAACACAUUUCCAGCAAACCGCCGAUGAAGUGACUGAGGAAGAAGGAGGUCCCGCCGAAACCUACGACGAUCUCAUUGAGGAGCAGGUCGCACUUGUGUGCAUUGAAAUAACUUUGAUCCCAAAAUUCUCAAAAUUUUCAGCGAAAAAGCCGAAUUUUUAGCGCAAAUUUUAUUUAUGUAUUUAGAAGUUCUCACGACUUUAGUGUCAAAAUCGGAACUUCUUGUGUCCAACUUUUCAGCGAGAAGUAUGGAGGCGUUGAAAAUUGGUAUCGAAAAGAACGGCCUCCAUUGGACGGAUUUCUGAAAAAAAAUGUUUUUCGAAACCCUGAAAAACAUGGUUUUUAUUGAAUUUCAAGCAGAUUCAGAUUCAUUUUUUGAAACAUGCAAAAAGUGAGGAAAAAAACUGAUUAAAAAAUUCAAAAAAGACAAAAUACUUAAAAUUUUCUGUGAGAAGCUUUGUUCAAAGAGGUACUUUCAUUUGUAUAAACCGGAUGAGGUUCAGGAGAAUCCGACCACGAAACCCGCAGCCCUCAACCCACCAGCUCCCAAACCAGAAGCUCCAAAACCGGCUGUGGUCGUGACACAGGCUCCUCCUAGCAGCUACGAAGAAGAGAAGACUGACUAUGCUGACGAGACGCAAGUCGAGCCUGAAGACACCAAAGAGAACUCUGUGACCCCAGCGACAAACGAGAAUGUUGUACUGACAUUGAUUGAGAGAGACGAAAAGAAUGUUACAGGAUUAUAAGGAGAAGCGCUCCAACUUGGGCAAUCAGAUCCUCGUCGACGCCUCCGACAGCACCGGAGAGGUGGCACCUUACAAACGAAUGGUCGGUGGAGUGAAGCAGACGCCGGCGAAGCGGGUCAGGAAGGUCCAACGUCGUCGAGCUCUUCACAGCAACUGAGCAUGAAUCAUCUCUGUAAUCUGUUCUCAAGCAGGAGAUUUUGAAGGUUUCAGGGCAGUUUUCUUUCGCUUUCUCACUUUCUUGAAGCUGAAAAAUUCUUUCAAUUUGAAUACAAUCUAUGGUUACUCAUGAAAUUUAAUUCUGUCUCUUUUCUUUCAAUUUUUCUCUGCAAGUCUUCCAUCAAUAGAAUAUAGAUCACUUUCUUGUUUGUAUAUAUUCUUGUUCUCAAGGGCUGAUUAUUCCCACCAUCUUCUACAAUUUUCCCAUCAUCUAGUCUUGUUUUAGAUUCAUAUUUUUAUCUCUUCCCCUUUUGGUCAAUGACUUUUCGACCACUCGUUUAAUAUGUACAUUAUAAUAAUCCCACAAUUAAACUCCAUUCAUCACGAAGUGAAACAAAGAUCCCCGCACGUGAAAUGGUUCACAGGUAGUUGCUACAAAGCGAUUGUUUCAAUACUCUCCCCCGACCUUAAAUGGCUUUCGCGAAUCGCUACCCGUUUAAAAGUAGCACAAGCUCUUACAACAAUGCUGGCUGAUACCACUCGGCGCAAAUCGUUUUGGGUCGGAAGCAAUGCAGCAAAAAGUGCCUCGUAAGCCGUACAUUGCAUUAAAUUGUUUCCCGUGCUAUCCAGGUUUUCUUAUUUUUCAAUUCGUCAAGAUUGGAGUUUUUUAUGACAAUAAUCAUACCUCUUUCUCAAUUCAAAGUUCAGAAGUUGUAAUAAACUUACAGUUCCAAUUAUGUGUUUGACAUGUCCUGAAAAGCACUCUGUUUUCGAUAAUUGUCUUGUGACCUUCAGCUGUUUGAUAAGACAGCGAAACGUAGUCUUUGAUUGAAACGGGUUCAAACAUGUAGGAUCACCAGCCCAACAACAAAAACGCGUUCUUUCCCCACAAAGCGUACUUCCUAAUCUUCAUUGUAUUGUCCCUGUUCUUCCUAAUUUACCAAGUUUGUUCAAGUUCGGCUUUAAUGAUCGAGACAGCUGAAAAAACCGGGUUUUUGGAGAGUAACUGGCAAAAAUUUCAUCGCUUCUUUUUCGUGGAAAAGGUGAGUCUUAUCGUAACUCCGAGCAUUGUUUUGAGCCGACUGUGACACUUUAUUUUUCAUACGGGCUCAGUUUAUGACGAAUUUCAGUUUGAAAAAGAGUUUCUUAUCACAAUUUCACAAUUCUUAGAGUUGAACUUCAGGUCUUCAAGAAAGAAGUCAGUCUAAACUGUUUUUUUUAUAAUCGAACUUCUUGUUAACUUUUAACCUGAUCCAAGUUGGAUCAUCCGUGUCUUCUCCUCUUUGUUGACAUUUUUUCGCGAGGAAAACAUAACCGUCUGUUUCUCCGCCAUUUUCGACCUCCUUUUGCCCCCAAACUGUUUUUUUUAUUCUCACCGCGCCCCGACAUGUUUAUUGCAUUGCAAAUCGCUUUCCGAGAACGUGCUUUAUGGAUUUUUCUAAAAAUUUGGGACGGUUUAGAUUUCUUGCUUUUUUGAAGCAUUUCAAAUCGAUUCUGUUUUCCAAUUUUGGAACCAUGCAUAGCUUUUUCACUUUUUGUUGGAUUCUGAUUUUCUCCAAUUUUUAAAGGUAGGAUGGAUUUUUGUAAAUAGGCAGAGUCUCUCUAUUAACAAAUCGCUUUGAGACUGAAACCUUAUAAUUUUCGAAUCUUCGUGUUUCUCUUGUUUUUUUUUCCACAUUUCUACCGUUAAGUUCCACGAAGUUCCCACUUUCAGGAGCAUGAUUAUGUUCAACGCGCUGCGAUUUCUGAUACUUCUCAACAUUUUCCUCUUCGUUCAUUCUGACAUAAUUGUGUCUCAUGGUAAGUCUUUUCUCAUUUUUCCCAUUUUACAAGCUUACAACUCCUAGCUCUGAGAAAAAAACAAAACGAGGUUGACGUGGUCAGGAAGGACCCGGAAGGAAAACACUUGCAUUGCAAAUAUUUGCCCUUCGAACGGUUUUCCAAAAUAAAUUCUUCUCAUUUCAACUGAACACUUAUCAAAAAAAUCCUUUUUGACUUUUUCAAUCAAAUUAAUCAAAAUGUUUUUAUUUCUCACACACAAGUCCUAAAUUUCACGAAAUAGAUGUAGGGAGAGUUUGGGAACAUGUGUCGGAACUUGUGGUGAUGGAGGGAAGAGGACUCGCGGUCGUGUUAACCCCCCACUUGAGUAAAUUGGAAUAACCAUGAAGUUAUUCUUUUAAAUGUCGAUUAUGUAGCUUUCAUAUUUUUGUUGGAUCAAGAGUGUUUAGUUCUGUAAUGUUGUUUUCAAACCAUUUCUCAAGUUUAGAUCUAAACUUAUUUUUUUCAUACUCAAAUACUAUGUUUCUAUCCAUGGGAUUCCAAUGAUUGUAAACUCUUUGAUUGAUGAACCGGUAGUGUAUGUCAGAAAGUAGAGGCCGCUCUAUUUUGAGACCAUUUCCUCGCAGUUGAUUCGAUCUACUUGUUGUAUUUUGUAAAGGAGAUGGGCACCAAUAGUAUCCGUAAAUGAAAUUGUGAGCAGCAGUUAUGUCUUUUUUUAAACUUCUUUGCCAAAGGGUGUUUAGUCCAAGACGUUGAAGUCUUUCUAUGUAAUUCAUUUUAGGGAAAAGUCGUUUAGUAAACUUCCUUUGAACUGAUUCCAGUCUAUCGAUAUCUGUUCUUGUUAGAGGACAGAAAAGUUCUGACCCAUAUUCAAGAACAGGUAAAAUCUUCAACUUGUAGCAGUUCAUGAAGUUAGUGUGCGAGAAGGUAAAACAUCUAAAAAGAUUAUUCACGAUUUUCAUGCAUUUUUUCACGAUUACAUUCACGUGACCACUCAUUUUCAAAUUAGAACUAAAAUGCACGCCCAGAUCUCUGAUGAAUACAUCUGUUGGAAUUUUUGAGCCAUUUAUUGUGUAAGAAGGGCUCUCCGAAUUGGAUUUACCAUAUCUGACAUGUAUACUCUUUGAACUCGAUAGGAGUUUCAUGACCUUUUCUGGUUAAAAUUUCAAAAUUCCCUCUUGGAACCUUGGUCACCGAAGUAUGACGUUCGUCACGCAACCUCGUCUUUUGAGCAAUUCGUCAAAUAUUCUCUUUAAGUUUCCCAGUUUGAUGAGAUGAAAAAGAAAUCACGCAAUGGGUUGAAAGUUUGAAUUUUUCAUUAUUUUACAAAACUGAUGCUUCAAAAAUCAGUAAAAAACGUUCUUGUGGGAGACGGUAUACAUGAUGAUUGCUUCAAAAAUCGUAACUUAUGAAAAAAAUCAUGUUUUUCACUAGACAAAGCGUUUGAAGAUAGAUUUCACUUUUAAAAAAUCCAAAAAAAAGUUUCUUCGAAAUUGCCUUUUCUGUAAUCUUACACUUCAACGGACAAUCUGCGGCAAAAGUCGAGACAUUGUAGUUCAUUCACCAAGUUCAGAAGAGCUGAGCCUUCCCCACGGCGCCGCCUGUCCCCAGUCGUUCCUCCGACCUUCGCUUCUUCUCUACCUCACUCCCGUCGUCUUCAUCGUUCUUCUACUCAACAAGAAUAUCAUCGGAGACGUUCGUCUUAUUUAUGGACAAUGA